UCUGCCAUAUAUGGAUCUCGUUUCCGGUGUAAAAGGAGUUUAAGGAACACGAGCUGAGCGACCAGAAAAACAAAUUAAUUGCAUGUUAAAAGACAACAAAAAAUAUUCAGAAUGAAUAUCAGAUGCGCAAAGCCGGAAGACUUGAUGAAUAUGCAGCAUUGUAAUCUUUUAUGUCUGCCUGAAAACUACCAAAUGAAGUACUACUUUUACCAUGGUCUAUCAUGGCCUCAGCUGUCUUAUGUUGCAGAGGACGAAGAUGGGAAAAUAGUAGGAUAUGUUUUAGCUAAAAUGGAGGAAGAUCCAGAAGAUUCUGUUCCACAUGGUCACAUCACAUCAUUGGCAGUGAAGCGGUCACAUCGGCGACUUGGUCUAGCCCAGAAGUUGAUGGACCAGGCGUCUCGUGGGAUGAUUGAGUGCUUUGAUGCUCAGUAUGUGUCACUUCAUGUCAGGAAAAGUAAUCGUGCAGCUCUACACCUCUACAAAAACACACUCAAGUUCUCAGUAAGUGAAAUAGAACCAAAGUAUUAUGCAGAUGGGGAAGACGCUUACGCAAUGAGGAGGAAUCUCUCAGAAUUUCGAGAAAAGUAUGGUCUAAAAGCUCAAGCUGAAGCAGGGCCAUCUUCAUGACAGCGGUGAGAUAGGGAGGUGUCAUUAUUUUAAAUUUGGACAGUGCUGAGUUGGGAGGUGUCAUUAUUUUUUAUUUUCCAUUUAAUACUAGGGAAGAUGUGAUACAGAAUGAGGAUGAAUCCAAUUUCAGAUUUUCAUGUAGUGUGUCACUAGGAAUAUGAAAUUCUGAACCUCACACUGACUGUCACUGACAUGACUCUGUUGAUUCUGUUCAAGAAUAUACUUUUUUUGUCAUUUUUAUUUUCUUGAAAGCUUAUAAAAUAUAAUCGCCUGUAAGCUACUGUAUUUGAAUACGCAUUUAGAAAUUAUGUUUGUGAGUACAUUUAUAUAUAUACAUGCAUGAAUAAAUAUGC